AUGAACGAGGAAGAAAGACUUUGUUUCGGGCUGUUUAUUGAACAAGUGGAUGUCUCGCAGGGAGAACAUAUGUACUAUGAGUUUGCUGCCCAAUCAAGACCAACCGAGGAUUUUGUCGAAAGGCACAAAGGAACAACAAUGACACUAGGUGGUGAUGCUGUGGGAUGCACAGAUUUAUUAGCGAUGUCGUGGACAAGUUUAAUGUCAGAGGAUUGUCUUUACUUCAUCGAUGAUGUCCUUCACUUAUGGGUAGACAUUUUCUAUCCGCUUUUAGAAAUAUCUUCUCUUGACGUUGUGUAUAAGAUAAUCACACUAUUCUUCUUAUGUAGAUUAGGCUUAUAA